AGGGAUGCGCUACGGCUCCUCACUGCAGUGUAAACUUCUCUUGUAUUGCAUGAGAUCUAGUGUAGGUGCUUGUUUUGUUUUAAUUUCAAGUUUUCCCUGUUUAAGAAUUUUCCACAGCUAUCUGAACAAACAAAAGAAAAGACGGUGCUGCAAGUAAAGUUGAUGCGUCUCAGUCCGGACUCUCUGGCUGCUCAAAUCGGAUUUCAAAUGGUCUUUUGUGUCACUCUUAACGCGACACACAAUGAUGAUGUCAAAAAUCGGUGACUGCAGCACGGAACAUCACAAUGGCUGUGUCUCGUUUGGAAGGCUGCAUGCUAGAAUGAAAUCUGCUUGACAUGCUACUGAAGAUGGAGUUUGUUAAAGAAGAGUUUGUUAAAGAGGAGUUUAAAGAGGAGAGUGAAGACGUCAGUAUUUCAGAACCAUUCAGACUGAAGAAUGAAGAUACUGAGGAACAAAGAGACCUGAUGAAGCUGAAAAAGGAAAGUGAAGCACUGAAUGAAGUGGAGGAAAAGCAUCAGUAUCAGGAACCUGCUAACUUUGUUACUGGAGAAAAAUCUUAUAGUUUCUCACAGACUGAAAAGAAAUUCUCACAUGAAAGGACUCGAAGAACAAAAACAGAAAAUUCUUUCGCCUGCCAUCAGUGUGGAAAGAGUUUCGCAAAUAAAGGAAACCUUAUUAGCCACAUAAGAAUUCACUCAAGAGAGAGGCUUUUCACAUGCCCUCAUUGUGGAAAGAGUUACACACAAAAAGGAAGUCUUAAUAGCCACAUAAGAAUUCACACAGGAGAGAAACCUUUCACAUGCCAUCAGUGUGGAAAGAGUUUCUUAGUAAAAGGAUCCCUUGAAAGGCACUUAAGAACUCACACUAGAGAGAAGCCUUACACAUGCAAUCAGUGUGGAAAGAGUUUCUUAGUAAAAGCAUACCUUGAAAGGCACAUCAGAACCCACACUGGAGAGAAGCCUUACACAUGCCAUCAGUGUGGAAAGAGUUACAAACAAAAAGGAAAUCUUAAUAUCCACAUGAGAACUCACUCUGGAGAGAAGCCUUUCACAUGCCUUCAGUGUGGAAAGAGUUUCACACAAAAAAGAAGCCUUAAAAUCCAUACAAGAAUUCAUACUGGAGAGAAGCCUUUUCCAUGCCUCCAUUGUGGAAGGAGUUUCAUAGACACAAAAGCCCUAAAGUAUCACAUGAGAAUCCACUCUGGAGAUACUCCAUACACAUGCCUUCAGUGUGGAAAGAGUUUCAGACAUAAAAGAAGCCUCUCAAUUCACAUAAGAAUUCACAGUGGAGAGAAGCCUUACAUAUGCUCUCAGUGUGGAAAAAGUUUCACAUUUAAAGAAAAUCUUAAAAGGCACAUAAGAAUUCACACUGGAGAGAAACCUUUUGCAUGCCAUCAAUGUGGAAAAAGUUUCUUAUUAAAAGAACACCUUUUAAGGCACACAAGAAUUCACACGGGAGAUAAACCUUUCACAUGCCAUCAGUGUGGAAAGAGUUUCUUAGUAAAAGGAUCCCUUGAAAGGCACUUAAGAACUCACACUGGAGAGAAGCCUUACACAUGCCAUCAGUGUGGAAAGAGUUUCUUAGUAAAAGCAUACCUUGAAAGGCACAUCAGAACCCACACUGGAGAGAAGCCUUACACAUGCCAUCUGUGUGGAAAGAGUUACAGACAAAAAGGAAAUCUUAAUAUCCACAUGAGAACUCACUCUGGAGAGAAGCCUUUCACAUGCCUUCAGUGUGGAAAGAGUUUCACACAAAAAAGAAACCUUAAAAUCCAUACAAGAAUUCAUACUGGAGAGAAGCCUUUUCCAUGCCUCCAUUGUGGAAGGAGUUUCAUAGACACAAAAGCCCUAAAGUAUCACAUGAGAAUCCACUCUGGAGAUACUCCAUACACAUGCCUUCAGUGUGGGAAGUGUUUCAGACAUCAAAGAAGCCUCUCAAUUCACAAAAGAAUUCACAGUGGAGAGAAGCCUUACAUAUGCUCUCAGUGUGGAAAAAGUUUCACAUUUAAAGAAAACCUUAAAAGGCACAUAAGAAUUCACACUGGAGAGAAACCUUUUGCAUGUCUUCAGUGUGGAAAGCAUCUCAAAGACAAAGCAAGCCUUCAGGAUCACAUGAGAAUUCACCCAUGAAUUCUCAUUCUGACUGUCCCUUAUCACAUCUUCCACAUUUUUAGCACAAUGUGUGGACUUUUAGACUAUUCCUAUCCACCAUAGGCAAAAUUUCCAAGGAAUAUCAUGGUUAAAUUAACGAUCUGGAACGAUUUCGCCACGACGCCAUCUGACCAUCUUAAAUAUGGGACAAAUCACGUCCUGUAUUGAUUCGAUAUGGGAUGCAUCAUUUACUCUUUAAAUAUGGAAUGAUCAUGUAACCCUAGUGCCACCCCUUAUAAGUUUUGUUUUUUUCAAUAGUUAGAAUAUAUUAGUUAGGGCAUCUUGGACACUUAAGACUUGUUUUUAGUUCAUUUUUCAUUGUUAGUAAGUUUUAGACGAUUGGGUUAAUGAGAGCAAGUGAGCGUUUUAAGUUUAAUUUGGUGUGCCUCGCAUCCCUUUUCCCCUUUUGUGCAUUGUCAUUGUAAUUUUCACUUUUUGCACUUUAUUCACUAUUCAGUGCUGCUACCACUGUACAUAAUAAGCCACUUUGUUGAAUUAUAGCUCUGUUGUCUUGGUCAUUCCUGUUCCCAGCACUGACAGCAAUAAUUUAUUUUUAAUGUUACACCCCUAUACCCCUUGUCCAUCUUGGCGGUCAUAACAAAAGUCAUUGUAUAAAUUACAUCCUAAUUUAGUCUGUUAUAACUGUUUGUAUAUACAGUGCUCCUGUUUAGUCUGCAAGCUUCGUGUGACUGAAUUGGAGAGAAAAGUCAGAGGCAGUUGUUUAGACUCACCCCUCUUCCAUUCUGAAUAGUGAUGUUUCUUUCAUGAACAAAUCUCUUUUUGAAUGAAUCUUUUACGUGAACGAAUCAUUCUCAUUCACCUCCAUACACUGACUCAUAUUUUUCGUUCACUGAUGUGUCUCCCUUUCUAAGCCAUUGAGCUCUACUGCUUUUCGUUCCUGUAAAGACUGACUUCAUCGUGAGCCAAUAGCAUUUGAGUGCACGCUGUUAAGGAGAAUAUCAUUGGUUUCACCCACUGAUCGAAUACACCCCUUCACUGAACUAGUCGGUCAUUUGAGUCUGAACGAGAUGAGAUGUCGUUUGUGAGCGAACUAAAUGAUAAACUUGUUCACGAAUGACUCAUGAACGAAGAUCUGCUGAAUGACUGAACGAGAUGUAGGUCUGUCAUUCGUUUAGUUCAGGAUGUGAGUCAAUUAAAACAAGUUUAUAGUUAUACACAAAACAUGAUCCCCAAUUUAUGGAUGUGUAAAAAUGACUGAAGACCAUUCAGUUAAAAUAAUUAUAAUUACAGAUGGAAAUGUUGUGCUUUUCUUGAACUUUUUCUUUGUUUUGGUAAUAAUUAAGCCCAGAAUUAGACAAAAUAUAGGGAAAAUAAGACCUGCCAUUUGUGAUUAAAACAGCUAUGGUGUUUGAACUAUAUUUUUAAAGUGUCUUCCUACUUUUGUAGACAUGCAAAUUCCAUUUGUCUUCCUUUUUCAUGCUUUUAAAAACUGACUUCAGCCAAUAACAUUUGAGAGCGGGUCUGUGGAGCAUAUAAUUGGUUGGACCCACUGAUAUAUACAGGUGCAUCUCAAUAAAUUAGAAUGUCGUG